CCGCUACCCGGCAACCAAGCCCGCGCGAGCCGCCACCACCGCGCACGAAGGCUAGUCACACACCACAACAGACUACACCUGUGCUAUACCCAGUGGGACGGAGCACGGCCGCACCAGCACGGGAUGCUGGCUACCACACAGACAGAGCUCAAGCGGGACCACACAACCUAGUUCCCGCUCACCAUACUUAUGACAAGAUACAAUAAUAAAAUUGUGAUUUAGCUACACACUGUACCAAAUGAUGCGUCCAAAUUUUUGAAAUUAGCUUUAGGUAGUGAUGCGUUAGUAUAGUCAGGUUGUGAUGUUAGGGAUUAAAAACAUGUGGGCCGUCCGGAUGAGUGUGUGCCGGACGGAGUGAAUGGUGUCCGGAGGGGGAUGGGUGUGUGAGCGAGAGCGAUGGCGGCCGUGGCCGGCUUGUACGGACUGGGCGACGAGCAGCGCGCUCGCCACCGCCGCGGUCAGGCCAACGCCGAGCGCUCCGAGUCCAGGGACGACAACACCGAAGCGUCACUGCCAAAACUGUGCAGUCAGGAAGAGGAGCCGGGGAAGCCACCCCAGGGAGGAGUCGUCACCUUCGAGCCCAUACAGCACGACCACGACUUCUGCGAACGCGUCGUCAUCAACGUCAGCGGCCUGAAGUUCGAGACUCAACUGCGUACACUGAACCAAUUCCCAGAAACGCUUCUGGGCGACCCCGCCCGGAGAAUACGCUAUUUCGACCCGUUGAGGAACGAGUACUUCUUCGAUCGGAACCGCCCAUCUUUCGACGCCAUCCUGUAUUACUACCAGAGCGGCGGGCGCCUCCGGCGGCCCGUUAACGUGCCCCUCGACGUGUUCUCCGAGGAGAUUAAGUUCUACGAGCUGGGGGAGCAGGCUACCAACAAGUUCCGUGAGGAUGAAGGAUUCAUAAAGGAAGAAGAGAAGCCCCUGCCCUCCAACGAGCGCCAGCGCAAAAUCUGGCUGCUCUUCGAGUACCCCGAGAGCUCCCAAGCCGCUCGCGUCGUGGCCAUCAUCUCCGUCUUCGUCAUCCUGCUGUCCAUCGUCAUCUUCUGCCUCGAGACCCUGCCGGAGUUCAAGCACUACAAGGUGUUCAACACCACCACCAACGGCACCAAGAUCGAGGAGGAUGAGGUCCCCGACAUCACCGACCCGUUCUUCCUGAUCGAGACCCUCUGCAUCAUCUGGUUCACCUUCGAGUUGAUAGUGCGGUUCUUGGCAUGUCCGAAUAAAUUUAACUUUUUCCGCGACGUGAUGAACAUUAUCGAUAUUAUCGCGAUUAUUCCCUACUUCAUCACGUUGGCUACCGUCGUUGCGGAAGAAGAGGACACGCUGAACCUGCCCCGAGCCCCGGUCUCCCCUCAAGACAAGUCCACCAACCAAGCCAUGAGCCUCGCCAUCCUGCGUGUCAUCCGUCUGGUGCGCGUGUUCCGAAUCUUCAAACUGUCUCGUCACUCCAAGGGCUUACAGAUCCUCGGUCGCACCCUCAAGGCAUCCAUGCGUGAACUGGGACUACUGAUAUUCUUCUUGUUCAUCGGUGUCGUCCUGUUUUCCUCCGCGGUGUACUUCGCUGAGGCCGGAAGUGAGAACAGCUUCUUCAAAUCCAUACCAGAUGCGUUUUGGUGGGCGGUCGUGACAAUGACGACCGUAGGCUAUGGAGAUAUGACACCGGUGGGAGUGUGGGGCAAGAUUGUGGGUUCGCUGUGCGCCAUCGCCGGCGUGCUCACCAUCGCGCUCCCCGUGCCCGUCAUCGUAUCCAACUUCAAUUACUUCUACCACCGCGAGACCGACCAAGAGGAAAUGCAGUCACAGAACUUCAACCACGUCACCAGCUGCCCUUACCUUCCUGGCACGAUGGGCGAGCCCUACCUGAUUUCAGGGCCGAUCGUGAAGAAGUCAUCUUCGAUGAGUGAGGAUUCGUCAUCUGACAUGAUGGAGCUGGACGAGAGCGCUCUGGUGACUGAUCCGCAUCUGGAGUCCAACCUGAGGCGGCUGCAGGAGGAGGAGCGCCUUCUCCUGGAACAACAGGCCACCAUGGAAGCCGGCAACUCUGAUGACAUCGCCGCUCUGGAAACCCAGGAUGCUCUGCGCCUCAACCAGCUGCAGCAACAAGAGCUGCACCGCCAGCAGAACCUGCAGGCGCAGCGCAUCGCCCGCUACCAGCAGCAGCUGACGCAGGAGGGCGCGUCGCACGGCCACGGCCACGGCCACGGCCACAGCCACGGCCACGGCCACUACGCCGGACGCCGCGACGGGCCGCGCCGCCGCGCCGCCUGCACCGUGCGCGUCAACAACCUGCAUGCCGCAGAAGCCAUCGAGACAGAUGUCUGACCAAUAGGCUCCUUUGAGCUCCAUCAGUAUUAAAUCACAAGGCGAGGCGGUGCGAGGGCGCGCACGCAGUGUGGCGCGGCCGGCUGCCCGCGCGCUCCCCGCCCCCCUGCCACGUGUGACGCGCCGCCUCCCCCGCCCCCGCCACCCCGCCUGCACCCCCGACCCCGCUGCAGCGCUCAACGCACCACCAUGAGUGACCACCUCUGAACUGUUAAUAGGUGCUCACCUCGAGCGAAACCAGCGACCCGUUAGUUAGUAAUUAGAGACGAAGUGUUUACGAUAACUAUAAAACUUCUUUUUAAUAAGCUUGUACUGAGCGCGAACGCCGCACCCGCGGCGCACCAUUGUAAAUAGAAAUAACCAGCUUACCUACCGCUUCAUACACUUUCUACAUUUCGACACACGUGUAAUAUUAGGGAUGAUUCUUCAAGACAAUCAAAAUAGGCCUAUAGUUCUCGUUCCGUUCGUGGGGGACGUAAUCGAGUGUCGCUUGAUGCUUGCCACUUAGUAGUUUGUAAAUAGAUAGUUAGUCGGGUGGAAGGCGCACGCGCCGCACGCCGGCUUCACACCGCGCGGGCGCGCUCGCGCGUCAUCGCCAGCCUGGCCGCGGAGCGAGCGCGCCCGCGCCUCACGGACAUACAGUACCCAGACAUGACUCACCCGAAUUGACUCGACGCCCGGCGUCGCCCGAUGGCCUAAGCAGGCCCCGACACCCACUCAUCCGAGCUGCCAUCCAGAGCGUAGUACGCCUGCACUAGGUUACAGUUUGAGUAUAGCUUCUUACCAGCUGCGCAGGAGUUAGUUUCGAACGUGAUCCGUUUAGAAUUCGUUUACGCCCGAUGCAGUCUCGGUGACACGCACUCACGGGGAGUCGCCCGCGACUCGCUCGUAACGUAGCCAUAAGUUGUUUAUGUUAUAUGUUGUGAUGAUCCGAUGUUCGUGCAGAAGGGACACGUCCCGAUGCCCCCUCCCCUCGUACCCCCGUCGUGUUUCGCGCAACAGCCUCGGGUUCCACUCCACAAUAAUCUGUUGUUUAAAUGUUCUAGUGUACGUAGCUGAUGUAACGAUUCAGUGUUCACCCCAAGGGGAUAUUUAUCGUCUAAUUUACUAAUGUUUUAUCGGUGUUAUUUCAAUAGUACGAUACAAAGGAAGGUUGUGAGGCGUCGGCCGCCAUGCGGCAGUACUGAGAUAGGCUACAGAUGUGAAAGAUUCAUGCUAUUGCAAGGUUUACGAUUGUUAGCUUAUAAUAUAUUACCUUUGAACAUAUCCAGUAAGAAGUAAAUUGAUAUACGUUAUGUAUAAGUUAGACCAGCGGCUGAGCGACGGACGCAUCAAGUAUGUAGCAGCAGGGUUCAUUUGCGAAUCACGGAAGAAGGGUUGAGUAGGCUUUGUCGUAAAAACCUCUUUUUCAAGAUGUAGUUUGAGAUAUUCAUGGAACUUCUUGGCUUCAAAAACAGUACAUUUUUGCACCCAAGUUUUGCAUAAAAGUAUGAAAUUAUUCAAGCGUAUUGACUCGCACACAACACCGCAUUUCCAGCCCAGAGAGGUUUUCACGGCACGGGAUUGGAGUACGCCGUUGCUAUUCGAGGGUUGAACUACAACUGUCGGCAUCGAUCUACACAUUGACCAAGUUUCUACUUACUGCAAUAGCUCACACAUUGUCAUUAGUAUUAUUAACACAUUCAAUAGAUGCAACGAGGGCAGCCGCGAGCCUUCGUGGCAGUAAAAAAUAAUCGAAUUGCUAUUUAAUUCCGCCAUGUCAACAUGUAGCUCAACCCAAAAAUAACCAUGUAGAAAUUGAUUUCUAAUGAUAAUUACGUAAUAGAUGUAGUAGAUGAUACAUUCAAAUAAUUUUCAUCAUAUCAUUAUUACACAUUUCAUAGCGAUUAAACAUCUAGAUGAAAAGACAUGAUAUUUACGCCCUAUAUGAUAGAUUAGAGUAGUGUAGAGAUACUGAUAGAGUGUAAGUGCUGCCCCUUUACUGGGCGAUGUUCUUUUGGAGCUAUGGUAUUCACGCUCGUCAAUUCCAUGGGGAGUUAGGGCCGGGAGGGAGCCGGCCGCAGCCCCGCCCGCAGCCGCGGCCGCUCGAAGCAGACUCGUGCUCGUGCCAAACUGCGUCAAUUACCCCCGGCCUAGCGUUUCUAGCAUUCCUUUUUAAUGGCGUUUCACAUUUAAAAAUCAUAUACAAUAUUAUUAGUAGGUGUUAACAAUUCAAAAAUUGAUCGAUGUCAGUAAAUGUUAAACAUAAUUAUGUAUUAAUACGUUACGUAUGUUUAUUUGAAUGUGGUGCGGGUAAUGAGAUGAUAUUUAAACUUUUUUCUUGUGUCAAACAAAACGAAAACUUCAAUGAGGCCUACGAAACUGCUGUGUCCUAUUUUCGCAUUCAAAUUUUUAUUCUUAGACUGAAUCACCCAUCUCGACAUUCAUUUUCAAAACGGUUCUGAAGAUGCCCCCCUCACCGCGUCUGCUUGAGUCUGUAUUACACGGCUCACGAGGCCAUUAUCAAGACAGAAGCGGUGAAUUAGGUAUUCUAAUGAAUUUAUACUCGGAAUUGAUAAAAUAGGUGGUGUAUGAAAUGCCAGAUCUGUCACUAGCUUCAGCUUAGCCGCAUUUGGUCUUAUCAUGGAUAUGAGACGCGGCGCCUGCUAAGUGGUCGGUAGUGAUGGCUGGCUCUCGCGCGGUCGUCCGCGGCGCGCCCGCCCGGGCGGGACUUGACCGCCUCUGAGAGCGCUGUGUCACCCGUUCUGAUCGGACCAACCUCGGCAUACAAUGACGUCAGAUUUAGAAGUGACUUAAAUCUAUCGAUAUACUUAUUGCCCGACGGGUCCGGCUGGCGGGCGCGCGGCGGGCGACCGCGUCUUCCGAGCCGACUCACGGAGAGCACCACAUCAGGUUUACAGCGGAAAGAAUCACAAACAUACGUAACAAUGGAACCCGGUGCUGUUGCAGCGAUUUAGGUGUUACACGUAACAACUUUUAAUCAAUAUAUAUGUUAUAGUAGUACUCAGUAUGUGGAUGAUAUAAUAUUCUCUGUAUGGUUAUCCAGUUGAAUGUCGUCGGAGCGCUGUAGCAACAGUGCAACAUCAACAGCAUCUAAGUCAUCAACUGGCAAUAGAAUUUUGUGUCUAUAUUACACGUAGUUUUAAAGUAUAUAACUUUGUGGUGAAUGUUACAUUACGAUGUCGUAUUACAUCUUGUCGUGUUGUGUUGCACUGGUCUUUACAGUCUAUCUCACUCACUGGUAUUAUCGGUUCCCUGUUAUGGUUUGCAGCGGCCGGCCUCCGCCCGCCCGCGACCCGCGCGACUGGCGAGUGUUUCCAUCGCUGAUAGAUUGUCUAUGCCCUGUCGACCGUCGACUCUUGACACCAUAGACAUGAGAUCCAAAUUAGAAGUUAUUGAAUUACUCAUGUUGGCCAAAAUUGUAGUUACGCCGCGUUCGUUAAGGGCGUAUUAUAAUUUUCGCUCAGUAUUAUUAGUUGUUACACCGCAGGGCAGUCAGGCGGGAUGCCAGGGGCCCGUUGUCCGCAGUUCGAUUCCGUUUCGACACUUCGCUCGACUCCUUUCAGGUAGCUCCAACAAAACCAGGUCGGACUCUGUUACUUGAUUAAAAUUUAUUAUAAUGAAAAUUAUUAUUGUAGAUAGAUAAACCCACAUAGAUUUCGCUGAGGAAAUCACGUUUUUCUAUUUACUUGAGUAAUAUCAAUCUCGUAGUUAGGAUCGAGUUGGCAAAUUUUAAAUUUAUUAAGAAGUCUGAAAAUGUCCGUUUCAGAAAAAAUAUUAACUAUUAAAAAACUUGAAUAUCUACCGUAUUUCAAAUACGGUAUAGGAAACAACUGUAAUCGGUAAUUUUAUCUGUAAAUUAAAUUCAAUUUGGUUUAAGAUUUAUAGUUAGGUAUAAUCCGCAAAACUUUUAGCAGUGUGUGGUAUAUCUAAAUUUGUUUUAGAUAUAUGUUGCUUGGAUCGGUCAGCUGUCAGGCUGCGGUUGCGAUUGUAUGAAUUCUGAAACCUGCUGGACGUGGGACCUGCCUCGGCUUGCGCCGCUUGUCCGUGCCGCUGCGCACUUGUUACGAGUCGCCUGCGCCCGCGCCGCCCGCGCCCGCCGCGCCCGCUUCCGUAGGUGCGUCCAGGCUCUUUUACAUUUUACGCUUACGUAGUGGGUGAAGGUUUCACAGCCUUAUGACAUUGUAACAAGUACUAAAAUCUUAUAAAACUAUAGUUAUAAUUUCCCUUAUUCACUUGCCCCCUCUCCGUCCAGGUUGAAGCGUGUUCAUAUAUUGAAUAUAAAUCACAAAAUCAACGUCAUAAUUAACUUAGCGACGAUAAUUUCUAUGUAUCGUGAUACGUUGCAUUUCGUACCUACGUUUCGGGUUUCUCAAUAUUAUGACAACGCCAUAAAAUAUUGAUUUAUUUAAUAACUUCACGUAUUUUUCUACUGAACGGACACCAGCCGAGUUCUCCGUACGUGUGCUCUAUGUUUUGUUACGUCACACAGUCAUUACGGUAACUUACAAUAAAUCAGAUUAUGCUAAAAUUCGCUACGAGCUUAUAAUUGUUUGAAAUUAAAUAUUGUCACUAUUCGUAUUAAAUUCGAUCACGUAAUAUAAGAAGCGAGUUCUCUAGGUACAUAAUUACAUUAUCCUCUUACAAAUACAUAACAUUAAAUAAGGAUUUAUAAUAUUAAGAGCUUUUCGACUAGUAUACUUACAAAAAGAUGAGAUCUUAUGAAAUAAUCUGAAUUUUUCGCGAUAAUUUAUUAUAUUUAAUAUCCAUCCAGUAUUAUUAGAUAAAUAGGUGUAAUGGUGAGAAGCCAUUCUAGCUCCUAUAGUGUUUAAUGUAACAUAGGUUCAAUGAUUGGCCAACAAUUCUUAAAUUAAGUACAAAAUUUACGAAUUUGUUCUUAUUCAAAAACUGGGUCCCAUAACUCAUGAAUUGUAAUUUGGAGUUCUAUGGAAUGAGGCAGAGGAGCGGCCAGGAUGCCCGCGCUCGGCCAGACACUCUCUGGCGUUUUGUAGGAGAGCCUCAAAUUUACCCUUCGGUACGCUUUGUAAGGGGGGUCAAUUUGCUAACUUGCAAAAUUCAGAGAGAACACCUCUGAGCCUGAGCUCGGUUGUUCUGGUACGUGGUAGGACUGACGCUUAGGAUUUCCAAUCGCAAAUGAUCCUAGAAUCAAUAACAUUGAAAUUUCACCAAAAAUAGCAAGUGGACCUACCGAGAAAUGUCUCGGUACAAAUUAUUGGAACAACGAAACAUGGUCUGUUAUAAGAAAACGCAAUAGAUUCAUAGAUUCCUUUUGCAUUUGCACUUGUUCACAAUUCAACAUCGCUGUUUACAAGCUCCAAUUGUUUCUAGGAUGAUUCGCUUUCGGAAACGUAGAGGUAAUGCUUAAAAUUCUAAAUUGUCUCAGACAAGGUGGAGGGUCUUCAGCAAGAACUAAUUCCAUAUAAUGUUACCAGAUUGUCAAUUGUCAAGGAUUUUGUUGAGGACGCUCCAUUUCGCGACGCAGGUUUUGUUAACUGCGAGAGACAGUGUGACGAGGCAACUUUGUUUUCAGUGAUCGCUGGAGUAGAUAGGCAACUAAAAUGUUAGGUAGGACGCUCGCAGUUUGCUGUUUUAGGGGAUGGUAUUUGACGUGAACAUUCGCCUUUAGAAUGCCCGCGAGCAUCCAGCGGGCCUGCGUUUUUCGCUAGCACAUUCUGACCUAACAGUUUCAGUGGGAGUACAAAUCGGAACACGGCCAACUGGCUGGGGGCUGAUUAGCCUGCUUAUUGAAACUGCUGAGUUUACGUUAGAAUGUGCUUGCAAAGAAAUUCGCUGAAGAAUUAAAAUAAUGCUCCCGGCGAGGAUCGUCCCAAUUGCGUGCGGUAUGACACCAUAUUGGUAUGAAAAUAAAGACCAAGCUGAAUUUAGAAGAGUGUGAGCCUGACACGUUGCUCGACGAAGGACCAACGCAAGUUGCCGCGUUACAGAGGCAAAGACUUUGACUACAAUUGGCGACUUUUUACUAAAUUCAAAUUAAGAUAUUUCAUAAUUCACGAGAAGCAACGGUUUCGGAAUUCAUCAAAUCGAACCUUCAAUACGUAUACUUACCUUGUGUACAUUUUAGUAAGAGAUUCCAUUCGUAGUCCUGUGUAAGUCGGAAUUAUUCAUUUUAAAUCACUGAUAUUUUUAUUUUAUAAUUAUAGAUUUAGUAAGAAUAAUGAGUGCCGGCGCGUGCGCAGCGUCUGUCGAAACUAUUUAAUUGUUUAGAAACUAAUCCGGGGCGUGUCGUCCCUUGUUGAUGAUUCAAACCCAAUCGAAUAUAAUAAUGUUAAUAGUUUUAAUGUGAAUCUAAUUAACUUUAUGAUGUUUUGGGCCAAUAACUAUAAAAUCAAAAUAAUUAGUCCCUUACAAGGCAUAUUAAAAGCCGAAGGAAGAUUGACUUUGAAGAUUGAUUGAUUAUUGCCUUUGGAAGAUAUUUAAUUAGUUAAUGCCAAAUAUUGCUUUAUGUAUAACCUAUGCGAUGGUUAAGGAAUGAAUAGAAAGAGAGCGGAGUGCACAGCAUCAAUUGUCGUACAUAUCACUGAGACAAUACGUUUGUUACGAGUUCGAUUGGGAAGGAGUGUAGUGUCGCGUGCGUCAGGACAGACGAUGCGCGCGCGCCGCCGGCGGGCUCACUGUAAAUGUCGGCACAAGCCGCGCCGUGUAAAUAAAGUCAAAAACGCCGCCGGCGAUCUGUUUUUCAUUUAUUUAUAAUUGUGAUUGUUACGUAGGAUCUACGUCAGAUUGUGAAUGAGACGGUGGCUCUACGUUCUCAUGAACCGUAACAGUCUAAUGUUUGAAUCACGCUUAAGAGGAGCCAAAACGUUAACAAUGUUACUCAAGGUCUCAACGGCGGGUCUCGCUCUGCUGUUGAAGCGAAGGACAACGCAGUAGAAUUUUAACUUUCCGAAUAACAUUGGGCAUAGAUAGUUUGGACGUUAGACCCUCAUUUCGUUUGUGUAGUCGUACGUGUACUAGGCACUCUCCCGCGACUCCGCUCGCGCACGUCUGUAACUGUAAUGACAUUAGCGUGCAAUUUUCACGGUUUAAUUCAACAGUAAGUUGGUAAGACAGUUACGCACUUCUUUUCGCGGUAUCUACAAUAGCAGGUAGUGUAGUCUGUCUCACUGUUUCACAGACUGCACCGUACAUGUGUUUAACGAUUGUUUUGUGAAAAUGUGUUACCUAUUGUAUUGAAAAGCUUUACUCUGUAUUGUCUUGGAUGAUUAGUUUAAUUUGUACUGUACUGUGUUGAUUCUAAAGUAAAUUUUUAAAGCGCACUCUUGUUGUGUUGUUCUGUCUAUGCGUCCAAACCAUGCGACCGCAGUACCAGGCUUCAAUGUGCAUUUCUAUCCAUAAUGGUAUGACUGGAGCUUUUCCACAUUUAUACUUGAGUUAACAGUGCUAUGCUGUAAGAAUGAUUUUUCUUUUUAUUAUCAGUUGUAAAAUUGAGAAUUGUAUAAAUGAUUCAAUAAAGUGA